AUGAUUUCACUACAACCUUACAAAUUUUGUCUUCAAACACCAUUUUUGUGCUACCCUUCAAACGUUGGUAUAAAUCAACAUAAACAAACACAAACAAGCCUGGUAGCACAGAGGAAGAUUAAAGUACAUAGAAGAGAAGUCAAAUGCAAUGCAGGAGAAAAGAAAGGUGAGAGGAGAACGUUUUUGACACUUGAAGAAGCUGGUUUGGUUGAGAUGUCUGGGUUGAGCACUCACGAGCGUUUUCUGUGCCGUUUAACGAUAUCUUCGUUGAAUUUACUAAAAGUGAUAUCAGAACAAGAAGGUUGUCCAAUAGAGGAGCUCAAUGCUGGAAAGGUAUGUGAUUGGUUUCUAAAAGACAAGCUCAAAAGGGAACAGAACAUUGAUUCUGCUGUUCUUCAAUGGGAUGAUUCCGACUUCCAAUUUUAA